UCCAUCCCAAGCAUCCAGGAGAAGCAGGCCACCGCCAUGUCCCACGCCAGGCUGCUGCUGCUCCUCAUCCUGCUGGGAGCUGCCGGCACCGGCCGGGCCCUCAGCCUCUCCAACGCCGCCUCCAUCUUCAGCUGCCUCAACGCCGCCCUGUCGGAGGCGCACAAGAUCCUUCCCGAGGAGAACGCCGUCCUGGACAAGCGCGGCUCCGAGUCGCCGUCCCUGGAGGAGGCGUCCGAGGAGGACGCGGCGGAGGAAGAGCUGGGGAAAAGGACAUUCCCGGGGGAUGGCCACUACAAAUACGUGUCCCAGGCGCAGGUGAAGGGCAAGACCUACCAGAACCAGGCCAAGAGCGACCGGCGCACCAAGGUGACGCUGUCGCUCGACGUCCCCACCAACAUCAUGAACAUCCUCUUCAACAUCGCCAAGGCCAAGAACUUGCGGGCCAAGGCGGCGGCCAACGCGCACCUCAUGGCCCAGAUCGGGCGGAGGAAGUGACUGGGCCGCCGCCGCAGGGGACUGAUGGCCGGCUGUGACAUCGGCGCUGCCACCAUCGAGCGACCUCACGUCCGUGUUCCUCCUCCUCCCCUUCUCUCCUCCCCGCUGUCCUCCGUCAUUCCUUCCGGACAUUUCCACGCGCAGGGAAGAGGUUCCUGUCCCCAGCCGGGCGCAGGGGACGCGUCACCCGGGAAGGUUCCUGAUU